AUGAAAUCCGUGAAGUUCCCCUUGGUCAAUUUGCAUAUAUGGAUCGUUUUGUUUGAUUAUUAUCUGGGCUGUCUUGGUGUCCCACUUUUGUUGUUCCCAGCUCUGGCAGGUAUUCCAAUGGGCCUACUACGAUACCUCGAAGUUCCCGCUCUGUGGAUAACAAUGGGUAUAGUGUUGAUAAUGUCCUAUGUCGUGUGCUCUAUAACUGCCGUGUUUGAAAACCGGUUCCACGUCGUUUGUAACUUUUCUGGAAAGUCACAUUGGAACUUUUUACGACGACCAUGGCUAGCAUUUCACUAUAUAGGAGUAAUUCUUGCUAUCAUAAGUUUUGCAUAUAUGGUACCAGAUCAGAAACCUGCAAAAGAACGGGUGUUUCAAAAGCUUCCAUGCCUAUCAGAUUACAUUUAUAAAGGCGAAGUUUUCGUUGUCACUGAAACCGGAGCCUAUCACCUUUUCAUGUUUGUAUUCUACGUAUUUCUUACAAUUCUCGAAGUUUCGAUUUUUGCAUAUUUCUUAAUCUGGUACUCCACCCAACAACUUCGGACUAAAUCUGUGUCCAGGCGGACUUUUACAAUUCAAAAGAAGUUUUUCAUAGCGUUGGUCAUUCAAAUGAGUGUCCCAUUGGUUUUCAUUUUGCUACCAGUGUUCUAUGCUUGGGUUUCAUUCUUUUGGUACUAUUAUAAUCAAUCUUUAACAAAUUUCUGUGUAGUUCUAGCCUCUUUACAUGGAAUCAUCUCGACUUUGGUCAUGAUUUUUGUUCAUCAUCCGUAUCGAAAAGUUUUGUUAGAGCGGGCUUCAAAGAUAAAUUUAGUGCAUUAUGUUACUGAAAAAUAA